AUGCAAUUAGCUCAAAUACAAUCUAUACGAGCCGAUCAAGAUAAAUCGUCGAUUGGAUAUCGAAUUUCUUUCAUACAAACACUUAUUGCCGUUGAUCAUAAUCGUGCUUCACUUUCUGAACAAGACUUUGAACGAUCCAAACUUGAACUCGAAGCAUUGCGCCAGCAAGUAGAAAAUAAGAAGGGGGAAAUUGGACGAAGCAAAGAUGAAAUGAAACGACAAAUCGAGUAUUUGAAUGGUUUAAACAAGGAAUUUGAUAAUGAAUUGAUGGCUCGUGUCAUGCUUGAAGUUGAACUGCAAACAUUUCGAGAAGAAUUAAUCUUUAUGAAAGCUAUUUAUGAAGAAGAACGCAAUGAGUUGGCUUUGCUCGGAACAUACCAAAUCGAUGUUGGUCAAUUCUACCGCGAUGAACUUGCACGAGCAGUUGCCAAUAUCAAGAAAGAUUUUGAGAUACUUUCAGAUGCACGAUCUGUGGAAUUGAAAGAAUACUACAGAAUCAAAAUUGAACAAGUUGAAACAGAAAUAGCUGAUCAAAAACUUAAAAAGCCAGCAUUAGUUCAUACAGUUGAUUUGAAAACGAUCAGAGGAGAUUUGGGCGAGCUUCGAAAUUCUUAUGGCGUGUUACAAUCGGAAAACGCGAAAUUGGCUACCCAAAUGCGAGAUCUCGAAGAAGAAUUUGAAAGGAUACGAUUCGAUCGAAGUCAAUCACAAAUGUCAUUAGAACAGGAAUUUGCCAUGCGUCUGGCUGAAUACAAUGCACUCCAAGCAGCUAUUUCAGGUGUACAUGAAAACAAUGUUUCGCUUCAAUUCGAAAUAAAUACAUACCGACGAUUGUUAGAAGUUGUUAUUGGUACGUGGACGAUGCGUAUUGAACCCAAAGGUGAAAUUUGCAUGCCCAAGCAGUUUAUCAUUCGUGAUUCUAUUAACAACUUCAUUCCUGACACCGCAAUUCAAAUUAUAUUGCACGGUCAAGUCGUUUUUACCGGUACGAGUGAUCAAGUCGGUGUUGUGAAUCUACCUCGAAAUCUGGCGAACGGUUGUUACGACGUUGUGAUAAAUACUCAUAAAACUCAGUACAAAAUUGCCAAAUUUCAACGAACUGUAUUUCAAAACAGAGGACCAGACUCCGUUACUUACUUUAUCUAUCGACAAAUGGCACCUGAUGAAGUUGAAUUUCUACUUAGAUGGGGAGAUCGACCGAAAGAUCUCGAUUCUCAUGUGUAUGUUUCGGAUGGACGGCACGUGUUUUUCUCGCGAAAACAGGAACGAAAUGUGUCUCUCGAUUACGAUUGUCGAGAAGGUGGUGGACCCGAAACAAUCAAAGUGAAGCUUGAACCAAACAUGAAAUAUGUUUAUGCUGUUCAUAGAUAUACCAAAGAUGGCGAAUUAGCGAAAUCAGAUGCUCAUGUUACUAUCAGUACCAACGAAGCUUUAGAUUCAGAGUAUCCAUUUAGAGUUGUUCGCGUUCCAUAUGUCGAUCAGCCAGAGGCGAACUUCUGGAUAGUUUGCCAGAUUGAUGGAUCAACGAAGAAAAUUACAUUUUUCGACCGACAAUUCGAAAACCGAGACGAUUGUAACACUGACUCAUUUAUACGAAAGUUUUACACUCCAUAA